GAAAGCCGAAACAAGAGUCUGUAGCGAAUCCAAAUGGACGGCGACGGUGGUCUUCCAACUCCGGUUCGAACUUCAAAUCCGGCGCUUCCCUUUCUGCAAUCGGCGGCUUCCACAGUUCCUUUUCCAAUUCGAAGCUCCAAAAAUGGAACCAUGGGAAGCCCUUGAUCUCGACUACUCCGACGUACAUUCCCUCCUCCGCCCUUUGAAGCGCCACCGUAGCCCUCAACCCCUCUCCCCCGCCGCCACUUCCCCUCUCUCUCUGCCGCUUCUUGAAACCUGCUAUCGCGCCCCUUUCCAGUCCCAACCCGAAUCUGAUAACCACCAAUCGGAGUCGAAUUUCUUAUCUCAGACUUCAAUUUGUCGAUCCCAACGGAUUUCCACUGAAUCAGAGGUCCCAUGUCCGUCUGGUGCGUCUUCGCGUAUUAUUCCUGGUCCUGCCGGAGCGGUUCAGGCGGCAAUGCAGCGCAGAACUCGCGGUGACAACUCCUAUGUUGGCGAUGAAGAGCCCGUUCCUACUCAGGAGUAUAUUAGGAGAGUUAUCGAAAAUGGUGAUGAAGAGGACGAUGAUUUCAAUCGCAGUCCGUGGGUUUGCGCUUUGGAUUUUGUCCGCGGCCUAGUUGGUGCGAUGGACGGUAAUGGAGCUUUGUCUGAAACUCCUUUGAAUUCUAUCAAGAAUGGCUUCAACGAUGAGAAAGUUGAUCUGGUCGUAGCCAUUAUCAAAUCUUGUACUUCAAAUGGCCUGGGUGGAAUGAUGGUAGCUUUAAAGGAUCCAACAGGUACAAUCGACGCUAGCAUCCACCAUAGAGUCAUUGCUGAAGGAAAUUUUGGGAAGGACAUAUCUGUUGGUGCAGUUUUAAUAUUGCAGAAGGUUGCCGUGUUUUCUCCCACGCGUUUUGUACAUGUGCUCAAUGUAACAAGAAGUAACAUUGUCAAGGUUAUCUCCAAGGACAGUGGAUCUCUUAUAAAGCACAAUAAACCUACAGCAAUCAGACAGUCCGAUCCUAUAACUGGAGAUACCAGUGGAGAAUUACACAUGCCGCAGAUGAAUGUUGAUGUAUCACGAGAAACAACUCAAAAUAUCAUGAACAAUCUUAGGCAAACUAAACUGAGAGGGAAUGAACUAGGUGAUCUGCAAACAGGAAAAGGAAAUGCUGCAUCAUCUAGCAAUUCGAAAGGGAAUGGAACCAUUAGAAACCGACCGUCCGUCGUCGAGAAAGAGCGGGCAGUGAUCGAUGUGGGUACCUCCAAAGGAACCUCAAGUGUGGGUCGUUACACGGUCGAUGUUGAUCAGGAUCAAGAAACAGGGCUGGAUGAGCCUAUCAACCAUCCUAUGGGUACAGAUCCAGGCGAACUCUCACAAGCCAAAGAGAAUGGUGCUGCAUCCAACACUGCUCAAGUCCCAAAUAACCAAGAAGCUGAAACAAUCAAUGAAAUGAAGAAGACAGUGACUAGAACACAAGAACCAGUACUCCCACAAUGGACGGAUGAGCAGUUGGAUGAGCUCUUUGUAUUUGACUGAGGUAAUGUAAUCUUCAAAGCUCAUUCAGCAUGUUCUCUCAAUGGAAGGUUCUUGAAGGCAUGGAAAUCAUUGUCCUGUUCACUGCCUGCAACCUUUCGAAGACAUGGGAACUGCAUUUUUCUUCGUAAAUCUUCAAAUCUGUUUCUAUGUAGUAGUAGCUUGACUAACAUGUUACAGUUGAUUUGAAAGUGACGGAGGAGCACCUGAAAUGAAAUAGGAAUUUAAGACAUGUUUGGGAGUGAUUCUGAAAUGGUCAAAAUCACUCUGACAUACAAAUCAUUCAAAAACAAUCAAUUUUUAUGAUAUAAAAAUUAAAUUUAGAAGUGCAAAA